AUGCCGACGUGUCUGAAACGAUGUAUGCCGGCAAUGGACAGCAUCGGAACGGUUCUGACGGCUUUCAAACAGCCGGAAGAGAUCAAGAAGCUGUGUUCGAAUCUGACAGAAGCGACGAAGUGCGCGACGGCCGCCGGCUGCAACGAAGUCUUUGUCGGAGCGAUUUCAAACGCUUUUCAGUUCAUGUGCAUGGAUAACUUGGACAGUAAGUCAGAUUUUUCAAAACUUCGUGAAACAUUUUUUUGUUUUCAGAAGUCUCUGGUCAGUUGGCAUGUAUUCAAGACUCAGCCGGUGACUUGCAGCAAGAAUGCGAAGCCACGUGCGCCGUGCAAGCCGAUGUGAUCGAAAACGCUAGAAAGAAUACAGUUGACACAAUAUUUACCCUCGAGAAAAUGUGCAAUUCGACAAGCUGUCUCGUCGACUGUUAUCAGGAUAACAUCCAGAAGUAUUGCGAGAUUGGCGAGGAUAAUGUGAUCGACACGAUCUUCUCGCAACUCGAAGCAAUGGAGGAGCAGCAACAGCCGGCCAUCUUUGCCUAUAUGAAAAAGGACGAAAAAAAGAAAACCGGACUGCAAAAGAUUCUUGGAUGGAUGAUGCCGGACGGAUGCGACGACGAGAAGCUCAAGAUCAAGUUGACGAAAAAACCGACUCUUACGGACAAGCCGAAGAACGUCGGAUCGCCCCCAGAAGCGGCGAAAGAAGCACCGAGCCAGAAGACGUCGCCGUCAGAGACUCGCAACAAUUCCACCGAUUCGGACGCUCUUUUGAAAGCGAAACCUGCAAAUGUGUCAUCGGCUCGAUGA